UGUUUACACUUUUGCUUUCCACAGUUUCAGUUCGUAUACCCAAAAUUCUCACUGCGUUUUCGUCUUUGUUCGAGCUUGCAAUCAGACGUUAUCUUCAACAAUGGCUGCCGCCUCACUCGCCCUGAAGCGCCUCCUUUCGUCCGGAGUCCUCUCGAGGUCACUCCGUCCGGCUCGUACGGUGGUUCAGCCAGCUUCGUCGCGCGUUUUCAGCACGAACGCCGUCCGUGAGUACGAAAGCGAUGACAGCGACGACGGCGACGUCGUUGGCCGACCAGAUCGCCGUUUCUUCUCUCCGUUCUCAGAUGUCCGCGAGUACGACAGCGAUGAUAGCGACUACGACGUCGUUUUAUAUCGCCCAGAUCUCCGUGCCUACUCUCCAUUCUCUGGGGUGUUUGAUCCAUUUUCGAGACGAAGCAACUUGAGCCAAGUUCUGAACAUGAUAGACCAAUACAUCGAGUCACCAGUUGCUGAUUCCGGCCUUCGCCGGAAUUGGGAUAUAAAGGAAGCUGACGAAGGGAUUCAUCUGCGAAUGGAUAUGCCUGGAUUGGGCAAGGAAGAUGUGAAGGUUUCUGUGGAGCAGAACACACUUGUUAUCAAAGGUGAGGGCAAUAAGGAUUUCGAGGAUGAUAAGGCUGGGCCUAGGUACACCAGCAGAAUCGAUUUACCGGAUAAAAUCUACAAGACGGAUGCUAUCAAGGCGGAGAUGAAGAAUGGGGUUCUCAAAGUGUUCCUUCCCAAGAUCAAGGAAGAAGAGAGGACUGAUGUUUUCCAAGUCAAUGUGGAGUGAUGUUGUUUCUUUCUAACAACUGCUAAAUAUGGUGAAGUGGAAUUGUUAAUAACUCGAAACAAUGUGGUUUAAUUUGAUGCUGAUUUAAUUUUCGCAUGGAUGUGUUCCGUUUCGUUUCUUUGUAUUCGGUGGUACUUCAGGGGUUAAUUUCUGGUAUAUUUCUUCUUGGCGAAAAAUGGUGUAUCAUGCCAAUUUGGCUAUUCACAUGGAUGUUGCAUUUGUUCAAUUUAACAUAGUUUUUCGAUAA